GAGAGAGAGAGAGGAGUCGAGUUGGGUUGAGUAGUCUCAAUUCUCAAAUCUGAAGACGAGCAGGCGCUUCACGUUAGGUACUUUGUGGUGCGCACGAUGGCGAGGGACUGGACGGACCUUUCGUCGGGCGUCCUGGCGGCCAUCGCGGCGCGUCUGACGGCGAUCGACUACAUGGCCUUCCGCAAGGUCUGCCGGCUCUGGGCCCACUCGGUGUCCGGCGUCCCGCCGUCCCCUCACGUCCCCUACCUCCUUCUCCUCGGCGGCGGCGGCGACGACGACGGCGAGCGCAGCGACGAGUUCACCUUCCUCGGCCUCCCCGGCCAGACGCUCCACCGCCUGCCCGUCCCCGGCCUCCGCGGCAAGUACUGCGUCGGCUCCCAGCACGGCUGGCUGGCCACCCUCGACCCCUUCUCCGAGCCCGCCCUCCUCAACCCCCUCACCGGGCAAGAAAUCCCCCUACCCUCCAUCACCACCCUCCCCGACAUCCACCCCUCCUACGCCCCCGACGGCUCCGUAGCCUCCUACUUCCACCUCUCCGACCCCACCGACUACUACUUCCACUACAAGCCCGAGGAGUUCCGCGGCCUUUCCUUCGACAAGGUCGCCUUCUCCUCCAGCCCCGCCGCCGGCGGCCCCCUCACCGUCGUCGCCCUCUACGGCAUCGCGUCGAAGCUCGCGUUCACCACCGCGGGGGCGGACAGGUGGCGACUCCACGACGACGGCUGGCGCUUCCACGACGUCGCCUUCCGCCGCGGCAGCCUCCUCGCUCUGUCGGGCGAUGGGGAUCUGCUCGCCGUCGACCUCAGCGGAGGCUACGCCGACGUCGUCAGGCUCGUCGCCAGCCAGUUCGACCCCCUUGUCGCAGGACAGUACAGGAGGUACCUCGUCGCCGACGACGCCACCGGCGAUCUCCUGCAGGUGUGGAGGAACUUCGACUUCGACGAUGUCGCGAAAACCAUGACGACUCGCGAAAUCAAGGUCAUGAGGCUCGACUGGGGAACAAAUCGAUGGAUUCCGAUCAGCAGCCUGGGCGGCCGAGCUCUGUUCCUCGGGAUCGGCUCUUCCAUGUUGCUCUCGCCCGAAGAUGUCCGCGGGCUGCGGCCGAAUUGCGUCUAUCUCACCGACGACUGGUGGGACAUGCUGUACAGCGAGGAGGUCAGACUGGCGAGGCGCGACGUCGGGAUAUACUGCCUCGAAGAUGCCAGUCUCCAGCCCUGCCAUUCUCCCGACCCUCGAUUCAACUGGCCUCCGCCUGUCUGGAUCUCGCCGUCUCUAUCCUAACUUAGGGAAAAGCUUGAAAUCGUGUCGUGAAUCGGAUUACGUGUGCGAGCGAUGUGGAAUAUGUUACGGAUGGACUAUUUUCGUAUGAAUGGGCUCUAUCGUCGACUGAAGUAUUUAUGGUUGAACUGUAUUUAUGAGAUGAAAUCGAAUAUUUUUGCGGGAUUAUUUAGUGAGCGUUUAACAGUUAUAUCUAUGCGCAGUCAAUUAUUUAGCAUCAUUAUAGUGUCUGGGUGCCAACUAUUCUUGUGGUUAUUGUUCCAUUUGUGAUUUUUUUUUU